AUGGAUGCAGAAGAUGAACAAAGUCUCGAAGAACGUCUUCGUGCGCAGAAUACUAAUAAUACUAAUACUAAUAACAAUAAUAAUAAUAAUAACAAUACAAAUAAACCUUUAACAACUCGUGUAACAACAUCAACUGUUAAAUCCAAUCGACAUACAUUUAAAGAUGAAAAAAUUGAAUCUCACACUGAUAAAAAUGGUGUUUCUUACCGAGUCGGAGAUCAUGUUUAUUUGGAAACAAAUAAACAAGCUGAACCAUAUUCAAUAGCUUGUAUACUUGAUUUUCGUUUAACAAGAAAAGAUCAUGUUAUGCUCGAAGUACGUUGGUAUUAUCGACCUGCUGAAAUUCCACCUAAUCUUUAUCAUCUUCUUAUUGAAGAUCGUUAUCAUGAAAAUCAGGGUAACAAUCAAACAUCAUCAAUUAAAGAUAAACAAACGAAAGAUUCUGGUAUAAUACAAGAUCCAAAUAUUAUUGGUCGUGAAUUAUUCGUAUCGGAAAUCAAAGAAUUCUAUCCGGCCGUACACAUUAAAGGUCGGUGCCGUGUUGCUCAUUAUCAAGAUAUUGAAGAAGCUCGUGCAUUUAAACCUGAUCCGGAUACAUUCUUUUAUAUAUUAACAUACAAUCCUGAAGCGCGCAGACUGGCGAACACGCAAGGUGAAAUUCGUGUUGGCCCAUCACAUCAAGCCAAAUUGCCACUUUUGAAAUCAUAUUCAUCAUCAUCAUUAACAAACGGUAUUAAUGAUGAAUUAUGUUCAUUACGUGAAGAAUUAUUAUGGAAAAAUAAAACAUCCGAUAUUGAUUUAUCCAUGUAUUUACAAGCAGCACGAUCAAUUGCAGCAUUUGCUGGUAUGUGUGAUAGAGGUUUACCAGAAGAUAUGUAUGAAGUAGCACAACGAGAUGAUACAACAAUAAAUGCAUUAACUGUUUUACAUAAUCAUGAUUAUGAUUGUAAACGUGCUAUACAAGCACUUGUUAAAUGUCCAAUACCAAAAGGUAUUGAUAGAAAAUGGUCAGAUGAUGAUCAAAAAAAAUUUAUUAAAGGUUUAAGACAAUAUGGAAAAAAUUUUUAUCGUAUACGUAAAGAACAUUUACCACAUAAAGAAACUUCUGAUUUAGUAGAAUUUUAUUAUUUAUGGAAAAAAACUCCUCAAGCACAAUCAAGUCGUCCACGUCGUCGACAACGUCCAUGUUCAACAUCAGCUAAUUUAUCAACAACACCAACACCAGCUAAACAACGUAAUACAAAAACAAAUAAUAAAGAUGAAUCCGAACAUAAUUCUGAUAAUGAUGAUAAUACAACAACAACAGAUACAGAUGAACAAUUUUGUCGUCAUUGUCAAACAAUAUCAAAAGAUUUACAACCAGGUGGACGUGAUAGUCAACAAUUAUGUUAUGAUUGUAGAAUGUAUUAUAAAAAAUAUGGUGAAAUGCCUAUUAUAAAUCAAGAACCACCACCAUAUUUAUUUAAACCAUUAAAUGAAACAAGUCCAAGUAGUAGUAGUAAAAGAAAACGUAAUAAAUUUAAACAAUCAUCAUCACCACCACCACCACCACAACUACCAUCAUCAUCAUCAUCAUCAUCCUCAUUACCUCCAUCAUCAACAUCAACAUCAACAGUUGAAAAAUCUGAUGAAAAUAAUUCAUCAAUAAAAACAUCAUCGACACGUUCAAAAAAGAAAACUCGUAUUAAUGAACAAAUAUCAUCAAUAAAACAAGAAACAGGAGAAGAAGAAGAAAAUAUAAAAGAUGAACCAACAAUAAAUACUGGAAUUAAAAUAGAAGAACAAGAAAAUGAAAAACCCUUAAUAGAAUCUUCAGAUACAAUACCUACGACAACAUCAUCAGGUUUUCUAAUUAAAACUGAAGAAUUAUCAUCAUCAACACUAUCUCAACCAUUACCACCAUUAAUAACUAAUCCGACAGCAUGUAAACAAGAAAUAAAUUCUCCAUCAUCAAUUUUAUCAACUGGUGCUGCAAAAAUAACAAAUAAAAUUCUUAUUGAUCAUACAAAACAAACAAAUUCAAAUUUUAUUUUAUCUCCAUCAUCAACAAUUAAAUCUGAACCAAUAAAUAUAAAUGAAAAUUCAUCAACAUUUCAUUCAAAUUUAUUACAAUCAUCAUUAUUAUCUUCACCUCGUUCAGCAUUUUCACGUACAUCAAAAACAUCAUCUAUUCAUAGUCCUGAUCAACGUCGAAUACCUAAAGAUGAAGAAUUGGAUUCUCCAUUAUCAUAUCGAUCACAGUCACAUUCAAAUAGUCUUAAUCAUACACCAAAAUCAACUCCAAUUCAUCCAACAAUUCUUAGUGGUGAUGUAACUCCAUCAUCUCUUUGUUUACCACCACCAACAUCAAUACCACCACCACCACCACUUCUUAUUCAAUCAUCAUUAAAUGAAUCAAAAGAUAAUGAUUCAUUAACAAACGAUAUUACUGAUGAUGGAAAUAUAUCAGAUAGUUCAAUGAGUGGUAAUCAUGAAAUCAUUGCUGAUGAAGGACCAGCACCGUUAACAUGUGAAAGAGAAUGCUAUAAUAAAUCUCAAGGAAUUGUUUUAUUACAAGUUUACGAUCGUUCAGUAUCACAAAAUUCUUGUGCACGUACCGAUAUAAUACUUAAACGUGGUUCACGUAUACGUCAGAAACAGCAACAACAACAAGCAUCAUCAAAUAAUAAUGAACAACAACAACAACAACAACAACAGCAAGAAAUACCACAAAUGUCUUCAUUACCAUCAGUACCACCAUCUGCAGCUAUGAUGAUGGGAGUUAAACAAGAAGUUGGGAAUUUAUCUAAAUUAUCCUUUUCGUUGGAUAAAGGACCACCAUUACUUCAUACACCUGGUCCACCACCACCAUUUCCAACACUUAAUCCUCAUCAUGAUGCACUAUUAAUGAAUCGUAAUAGUUUAUUUCAUCCAUUACCAUUACAUGCUCUACCCACUGGACCAAAACCACCUGGAACUGGUACGACUGGACCACCACCAUUAAAUUUUCCUUCACCAUUCGGUCCAUCAUUACAUGAUAAUGCUGCUGCAUUACGUCAUCUUGAUCCAUUAGGUUUUCGUUUAAUGAAUCCUGCAGCAGCUGCUGCCGCUGCUCAAUUAUUUGCUGCUCAAACACAUUAUAAUUCUAAUGUCGGACGUCCAAAUCCUGGUGGUUUUGAUCCUACGGCUUUUUUACUUGAUCCUCGUUACCGUAGUAUGAUUUCACCAUUUGGUACUCCAUCUCCUUCAUCAGCUGUAUUGCCGUCACCAUCAAAUAAUACAUCAGCAUCCUCUAACUCUGUUUCAAAUAACACACAUAACCAUUCUCAUAUUCAUUCUCAUUCACAUACACAUCUUCAUUUGGGUAACACCAAUGAUUCAUCAUCAUCAUCAAACAAUUCAAAUGGACCUACAAUACCACCACCGCCGCCACCAUCAAUGAUGCCAUUUGGUAAUCCUCUUUCCAGUCUAUCUCAUGGUGGACCAUUAUUACAUCCAGCUGGUCCACCACCUCCAUCAUCAUUGUCAAGUCUUGAAGCAAUGCAUAAUCUAUCACGUGAACGUGACUUAAUGGCAUUUAUGAUAGCUAAUGGUGCACGACUUGAUCCAAUGGCAUUUGCACUUGCUGGUAAUCCACUUCAGAUGCCACGUCAUGAAGAUCUCUCUCGAUUAAAUGCACGAGAACGAUCAAUCCGUGAACAUAAUGAAAAUGAAUUUCGUCGUUUCAACUUAGAUGUUGAAAGACAACAACAACUUCGAUUUCCAUUUCAUCAUUAA